AUGUGCGGACGGACGUGCUGCACGGUGUUCACCGGCAUUAUCAUCGGCGCGGCAAUCACGAUCGCUGUGACGUAUCCGGUGUUACGGGACGAGUGGUUCGGCCCGGGUGAUGACGAGACGGGGGCGCGCGCCGCGUUCGUUGCCUGCUCCGACGCCGGGACGCAAUCGCCCGCGGACGUGAGCGAAGGUGCGCUCGCGAGCGGUGCGAGCAUUUUGCCGACCAAUGCGAUUUUGAGAAACGUUUCGUUGAUGACGCUGGCGAAUGUGCACUACCACUCGCCCGCGGAGCACCGGAGUCAAGGCGAGUUUUCGACGCCGAACGCGAGCGAGUCCGGAUUCGCGUGCGACGACGCGAGCGACGCGACGGGCACGGCUCGCGUCGUCGCGACGAACGGCGACGAUGUAUCGGAUGCUCGGUACGCGUUCUCAUUUUGCCAAGACGUCGCAGUUGGUGACACGAUUGAAUUGCAUUGGGUGUACUCGACGGGCGCCGCACGGACGGGCGUCUCGGAUGGUUUGUCUGGAGCGUUCGCGACGCAAAACAACCCGUAUGUGGUUGUUCGCGCGCAAGUCUUCAAAAUCACGAAUAAUCCCUCGGACGACGUCGCUGACUUGUUUGUCUCGUGGAAUACGACGUUGGUCUCGGACGCAGUUCGUUAUGUCGGCAGUACGACUGGCGACAAGUACGAUAAUGUCGAUCGAUGUUCGCCUUUCCUCGUAAUUUGGCACGUCGAUCGAGAGUGUCAUCGAGUGAGCGCUCGAUCUCUCGAUGAGAUGUGCCGCGUGAUGAAAGAUAACGGACUGUCAGACGACUUAAAGGCGCACGCGGCGCGUCAGCUCGUGCCGAGUUCCUUGACUGCUUCGGCCCUUAGCCUUUCUUCGACGUUUUACUGAAUCGAGUCGAGCGCUGAGGCGCGCCGAGUUUCAACGUUUCAAUCAACACAUGCAUUCUUUUCUUC